AUGGCCGCCCAAAACACCCAUCAACUGCAACUCUGCUUCGCCCACAGGGACCUCCCGUAUAUCUUCACCCAGCCGGGGCGUCACUUUCCCGCCUCGAAGGUGACCGUCCUCGGCGAGGCGGGAGCGAUACCGUGGACGACCCCGCCGCUCAUCCGCGUCUUCGACGACGCCCACUAUGUCUACCAGGGCAAAAUGGAGUACCCCGGCAAGGAAGGCCUUGCAUCGGCGCCCCCUGUCAAAAUCGCCUUGAAGUGGGUGGUAGGGGAGAGACGCAUCGCACGCCUGCGGCAAGAAGCCGAUUUCUACGAAGCGAACCGCGACGCACUGCAGGGUAUCGCGCCGCAGUACUACGGGUAUUUCACGGCCGAGAUUGAGGGCGCGAACGUCGCGUGCAUCGUCCUGGAGUGGUGCAAUGGGCGGCGUAUUAUCGACGUUUACCAGCUGAACCUCCAGCGGAUGCGCGUCUGUGCAAAGCUGCACAGCGCCGGGAUUAUACAUGGCGACUUGCUGAAAGCUCGCAACUUCCUCAAUAUGCCGGAUGGCACGCUCCGAAUUUGCGACUUCUCGACCGCCGAGGUCCACUCGUGUCCGGGUGCGCAUCCUCUCACCCUGAAUAUCAGUGGGGAUGCUCGGCCGCCAGAGAGCUGCGAAGAGCUCAACGACAUAGAGUCGUGCUGUCGCUCUCAAGUCAAGGCGAUCAUGUAA